UCAAUUGGACAGGACAGAGAACGGAGGGCAGCAAAAGAGAGAGCGAGAGAGAGAGAGAGUGAGAGAGAGAGAGAGAGAGAGAGAGAGAGAGAGAGAGGAAAAUAGAGAAAGGAAAGUUUUAUACAUGUAGAUGUAGAGGAAAAAAGAGACAUCUAGUUCAUCAAAUGCUAUCAGUUUUCUAUUAUAAAAAAUUAUAAUAAAGUGAGCUGUAAAAGGUAUGGGUUGCCCGGUCCUAUGUGUUGUUCUAUUGUCUUCACUACUGUGCCUCUCCAGGGUGUGGACUCAGGACCUGAGAGAACAAGAUGCACUCUGCAAUGAGGAAGGGUGCUAUGUGCUUUACUUCCAGCGCAAGAUCUUCCUUGAAGCCUGGCGGAGCUGCAAAGAACAGGGAGGCAACCUGGCCACUAUCAGGCAGCCGAAAGAAGCAGAAAUGGUGGAGGAGCUUUUCUCCAAUGUUGAACUGAGGUCACAACAUAGAGGCAAAGCACAAAUUUGGAUUGGCCUUCAGAGGCAACCUCGACAAUGUGCCCCUACCCGGCCCCUGCGUGGCUUCUCAUGGAUCACUGGAGAUCAGGACACUCAGUACACUAACUGGCUGCAUGAGGACUCAUCAAAGACCUGCUCAUCCCCACGUUGUGUGGUAAUGGCUUACAGCACCGCAGCCCAUGAGCAAGGGGAUAAUCUGAAAUGGAAGGAUGGACCUUGUUCGAUUUCAGUGGAUGGCUACCUGUGCAGGUACACCUUCCGAGGCAUGUGUGCUGCUAUUACUAGUGAAGGAGGUGGAAAUACACUGUAUAGUACCCCUUUUAACCUGCUGAGUACCAUCUUAAACCAUGUCCCAUUUGGAACAGUAGCCACUGUACCAUGUCCCAUUAAGGAUGAUCAAUCAGUACUGUGCACACAAAAAGACGACAGAACUAUAGGUUGGAAUAGGGAUCCUCCUUAUUGCUCUGAUGCACCUAAGGAGAGCUGGUGUGAUAAGGAUAAUGGAGGUUGCCAUCACUUCUGCAUUGAGAAUGAGGGGCACUACUCCUGUGAUUGUAAUGAGGGAUUUCUCUUGGCUAGGGAUGGGGUAAGCUGCUUUCCAUCUGACCCUUGCAAUGAGGCUCCCUGUAAGUUUGAGUGCCUGCCAGUGAUGGACGGCUACCGCUGUGCUUGUCCUGAUGGCUACAUGGUGGCACCUGAUGAACAGGACUGUAUAGAUAUCGAUGAAUGCCUACAGAGCCCCUGUGAGCAAAUCUGUGUAAAUGCACCAGGAAGCUUUGACUGUCACUGCCGAGAUGGCUUCCAACCAGAUGAGGAGGGUGCAUGUGAAGAUGUGGAUGAGUGUGCAGACAACCCUUGUGAACAUGCAUGUGAAAACACAUUGGGCUCCCAUAUUUGCCACUGCCAUCUUGGUUUUGCACCACUUCAAGAGGAUCAGAGUCACUGUCAUGAUAUCGAUGAGUGCCUAAUCGAAGGAACUUGCGAACAAAUGUGCAUCAAUUAUGAAGGAGGAUUUGAGUGCUACUGUGAGGACGGUUAUAAUCUUCAACCUGACCAAUUUUCCUGCAAACUCAUAGGGGGGAACCUAGAGACUACCACAGCUAGUGUUUCUGAACUAUUGAUUAUUCGCAACCCUACAUGGAAAUUGCAGGAUCCUGUAUACCCAUGGGGCUCUGCACCUGAGUCUGAUUGGAGAGAAUCUCUGUACUGGCAGACAGUUCCAACAGAUCCGUUUUGGCUCGUUAGUACAACUGAGGAACCUGAAAUGACAACACAAACUGAAAGCUCCCCAGAGAUCAUUAAUGUUGUUAGGGGUGACUUUCGACCAGAAGACCCAGUGGCCAGUCCCUUUGUUCCUCCCAUCACGAUGUCCACACCGGACUAUUAUGAGGAUGAGAGCGCAAUGGUUCCCAUGGGCCCCCCCUCCUCCACAUCUGCAGAUGGAUCUUGGAAUUGGCUCUGGUUCAGCUCAACCCAAACACAGCCUGAGACAGAGGAAACAACAGAGAAAAUGUUCAACUUUCAUGGAGAAGAUGACUCUUAUGAGCAAGGCCAUAAAGAUAGUGAAAACUUUAACAAUGAAUCAACCGCCAUUUGGCCUGAUCAUCAAACACCCACCCUGUUCCCGAUGCAGUCACAAGGAACAGAGGAGGGCAGCUAUAAUGAUGGCCACAAUAAGGACCAGAGCCAAGGAAACAGCUGGUUACUAGUUGGAUUGCUAGUGCCACUUUGCAUCUUCAUUGUGGUGAUAGUGGUAUUGGGCAUUAUAUACUGUAACCGCUAUACAGUUAAGCCACAGAACAAGAACACAAGUGAUUGUUAUCACUGGAUUGCUGGUGCUGGUGAUAAAACAGCUGCUGAAAUCUCUGGUAGCGGAACUAAGUCCCAUGUUUAAGCAAGUAGGACUGUACAGUGGAACUAUAAAUAAAAGUUGUUUUGCAACGUUACAAAUAGUUCCAGGAGAAAUUGGAUGGAUUGUGGGUAGCACCCCAACAUGACAGUUUUUCAUCCAUACAUUUUUUGUGGAUGUUUAUCUAGACUAUCUGCUAAGCGGAAAAGGGAGGUGGGGGCAAAGAGGAACGACUCUAAAACCACUAAGCCUCAUUCUCUGCUGUCCUCCAAGAGGCAAUAAAAUUGUUCUACUGUUGCUCACACUGAUCUCUUAGUUUACGAAACAGUUGCUCAACAGUCACAUUGUGGCAAAUAAGAGAGCAUAAUGGAGGGGAAUACUUUAGCCUUGUUUAGUAAAUCAGGUCAUAUUUAUUUUAAUUUGAUUGCAUCUGAAUAGCUGAGUUUGUGCCAUAGAGCAGUCACAUCUUAAGAGAUUUGCUAUGUAAGAUGCCAUAAUUUCAACAAUGUAAAGAUAUUCAGUCUGGUCCAGACCAAGAAAAAUACUUUUUGCCUACUGUAAUCAUAUGUGUAAAAUGUUGAUGCCAUCGUUUUGUGCCUAAAAAAACCUUGUAAAUGAUGACUCAAAAUGCCUUGACACAAAAAGCAUUGUCUGUUUAAUGACAGUGAUAUGAAUGCUCAAGACAAUCUUUUAGAGGUUAACACGGAUAAGAAGUUCUGUUUCCUCUGGUUUGACAUUUCUCAGUUUUUCCCAUUAUGAUAUGGUAUACUCGUGGCUAAGGGAAAGUAAGGUGCAUUUAAACAUGUAAUUGAUGAAUUUUGUUUAAAACCCCAAAGACCCUUUUUCUCCAAAUUGACUUUGGAAAAAAAACAAAGAACCAAAGUUCCACCUUUAACUUACUUCUUGAUAUUUUUUAUUUUUUUUCAUUGUUCAUUAAAGUGUUCAAAAAGGUUUAAAGGUUCAUGUAUUUAUUGUUCAGGCCACACUUUGUCGUUUGAUCUUAUGUAUCUCUGUAAAAUCAAUAGGUAAAAGAUCAAAAACAAAUUAAUGUUAUUGUUGUUUAAAGCCUGAUUUAUACUGGACACAGGAUUUUAAAGAAUGCGCAUGCGCAUGUGCAUAGAACAGACCAAAGGAUUGACAUCAUGAAGCCACACAUCAUAUCAACAAGUCAACACAGCAGAGAACAGUGGGGAAAAAAGUAAAAGCACAUACACUAUAAAAUGUACCCUUUAAUACAUGCAAAUUAAAAUAUCGACUACUGACCCUAACAGCCAUGUAUAUGUGCUGAAGUAAAUUGGGGAAUCCCCAAGUUUUACUUAAGAGGAUAACCCGUCUAUUGCAGCUCAAUUUCGCUGUAGGUCGUGAUUUAAAGUUAACAAAACAAACAAAGCAACAACUCUGUAAUAUCUGGGAAUAAAGCAAAGCUGAACAGAGAAUAAAAUAGCCAUGUUUUUCUCUGAUGCCGUGUUUAUUUGCACAUGUGUCACAAGGAAAUUAUGCUGCUGUAGAGAAAGCUGCAUUCUGACAAAGCUGCAUGUAUACGAGAGUAAAGAGAAAGCCGAUAACACAUUGCAUAUAAAUGCAUUUUCCGAAUUUAAGCAGCACUUUUCGCAAUAAACAGCUUUCUGGUGCCCAUGUAAAAGAGUUCAGUGAUUUAGCAUGUGAACAUAUAGUCAGGUACAAUGGGGCUGAAGGCAAAUCUUAAGGAAAAUUUGCUUUUUUUGUUAAAAGGCCCCCAGGGGGGUAAAGUGAUAUCAUGGAGAUAUAGGGACAAAAGUUAUUGGCCAAAAUUUGUCAACUUAUGCAAAUACUUUUGAGACACCAAGAUGCUUUUUUGAGUAACAAAUAAGGAUAAUACUUAUUUAUUUAUAACCACAUCAGAAAAUGAUUACCCAUUUUUUAGGGGAUGGUGGUUCAGAGGUUAAGGCUCUGGGUUACUGACCAGAAGGGUGAGGGUUCAAGCCCCAGCACCACCAUGAUGCCACCAUUGUGCCCUUGAGCAAGACCCUUGACCCUAUCUGCUCCAGGGGUGCUGUAUCAUGGCUGACAU